GCUACCCAUAUGGCCAUAUCCACAGAUUUUUCAUUUCCAUUUUCUCCAUCACUUUCUAUUUUGGCAACACUCUCACUCAAGCAUUCAGAUAACAUGAUCACACUAUAAAGAUCACAAUCUCACCUCUCUCUUUCCUUCAAUCCAUAAACACUUUAAUUUCAAAUAGCUUCAUAGUUAUCAUAUUUCGUCCUCUUCCCUUGAUACCAAAACCCCUUUUGGAAUCACUAUAAACACAAUGGCAACUUCAGCUGUUGGAGCCAUCAACUUGCUACCGGUGCAGUUGAAACUGAGUGGAUCAAGCAGUGGUGCACCUCCAACAACAAACUCAGCAUUCUUUGGAACCAGCUUGAAGAGAGUGAGUUCUGUAGUUUCAAACCAGAGGAAUUUGUCUGGCGGGAACUUUAAGGUUUGCGCUGGAAUCGAAUACGAUGAGGAGAAGCAGACGUCGAAGGACAGAUGGGGUGGACUUGCCUAUGACACUUCAGAUGAUCAACAAGAUAUCACAAGAGGAAAAGGAAUGGUGGACUCUCUCUUCCAAAACACCAUGGAUAGUGGCACUCACUAUGCUGUCAUGAGUUCUUAUGAUUACAUCAGUACCGGUCUUCGCCAGUACAAUUUGGACAACACCAUCGAUGGUUUCUAUAUUGCUCCUGCAUUCAUGGACAAGGUUGUAGUUCACAUCACCAAGAACUUUUUGAACUUGCCAAAUAUUAAAGUUCCUCUUAUUUUGGGAAUUUGGGGUGGCAAAGGUCAAGGGAAGUCUUUUCAAUGUGAACUUGUCUUUGCCAAGAUGGGAAUCAACCCUAUAAUGAUGAGUGCUGGAGAAUUGGAAAGUGGAAAUGCCGGAGAGCCUGCAAAGUUGAUCAGGCAAAGGUAUCGCGAGGCGGCGGACAUAAUUAAGAAAGGAAAGAUGUGCUGCCUCUUCAUCAAUGAUCUUGAUGCAGGGGCUGGUAGAAUGGGUGGAACAACCCAAUACACAGUUAACAACCAAAUGGUAAAUGCCACACUCAUGAACAUUGCUGAUAACCCAACCAAUGUUCAACUUCCUGGUAUGUACAACAAGGAGGAGAAUCCGCGUGUCCCCGUCAUUGUCACCGGUAAUGACUUCUCAACAUUGUAUGCUCCUCUCAUUCGCGACGGACGUAUGGAGAAAUUCUAUUGGGCGCCGACUCGAGAAGACCGGAUUGGUGUCUGCCAAGGUAUUUUCAGGACAGAUAAUGUUCCCAAAGAGGACAUUGUAAGGCUUGUUGACACCUUCCCUGGUCAAUCUAUUGACUUCUUUGGUGCCGUGAGGGCUAGAGUGUAUGAUGAUGAAGUCAGGAAUUGGAUCUCUAGUGUUGGGGUGGAAAGCAUUGGGAAAAGGCUUGUGAACUCAAAGGAGGGACCUCCAGUUUUCGAGCAACCGAAGAUGACAAUCGAGAAGCUUCUCGAGUACGGAAACAUGCUUGUCCAAGAGCAAGAGAAUGUCAAGAGGGUUCAAUUGGCUGACAAGUACCUCAAUGAGGCAGCUCUUGGAGAAGAAAAUGAAGAUGCCAUAAAAACCGGAAACUUCUAUGGAAAAGGAGCUCAACAGGUUCAUAUUCCCAUCCCUGAAGGUUGCACUGACCCUGUUGCAGAAAACUAUGAUCCAACAGCCAGAAGUGAUGAUGGAAGCUGCACAUACAAAUUUUAGAUGAUUCUUAUAGCCAUUUUUGGGCAGAUAAAUAAUGGGGUUUGGCAUAGGAGUCCAAAGAGAGUGUUAAUUGGUGUUACUAUGUUUCUCAGAUUAGUUUUCACUUUCUUUAUGUAAGGUGCAUUAAUCUGAACUUUGAAGUUGUACAUUGUACUAUUGCUUGUGUAACCCAUGCUUGGGUUUUACUUUAUGAGUGAUUAUAACUAGCUUUGUUAGUAAUAUCC